GAAGCUGCCUCGUAGGAGAGACCUGUUUGCCGCGAUGUCGGGCACCCGGGCGGCUGUGGCAGCUGCCAACGAUCGCGCCUCUCGCACUGCCACCGGCGCUGUUCUCGGCGUCGGUUUGAAGCGGCUGCGAAGUGAGCCGGGCGGCAACCGUGCGACUGUAGUGCUGGGCGCUCAGUGGGGCGACGAAGGGAAAGGGAAAGUGGUGGAUCUCCUGGCCACCGAAGCCGACCUCGUCUGUAGGUGCCAGGGUGGAAAUAAUGCAGGUCACACUGUCGUUGUUGAUGGGAAGGAAUACGAUUUUCACCUCUUUCCUAGUGGUAUAAUUAAUCCUAAAGCUGUUUCUUUUAUUGGUAAUGGAGUGGUUAUACACUUACCUGGCUUAUUUGAAGAAGCUGAAAAAAAUGAGAAGAAAGGAUUAAAGGACUGGGAGAAAAGACUUAUAAUAUCUGACAGAGCACAUCUUGUGUUUGAUUUUCACCAAGCAGUUGAUGGACUUCAAGAAGUACAGCGUCAAGUACAAGAGGGGAAAAACAUUGGCACGACAAAAAAAGGAAUUGGACCAACUUAUUCUUCCAAAGCUGCACGGACAGGACUUCGGAUCUGUGAUCUUCUUUCAGACUUCAGUGAAUUUUCAUUAAGAUUUAAAAAUCUGGCUCACCAGUACAAGUCAAUGUUUCCUUCUUUAGAAGUUGACAUAGAAGGACAACUAAAAAAACUGAAGGGAUAUGCUGAAACAAUAAGACCAAUGGUCAAAGAUGGAGUUUAUUUUAUGUACGAAGCACUACACGGCCCUCCAAAGAAAAUUCUGGUGGAGGGUGCCAAUGCAGCACUGCUUGACAUUGAUUUUGGCACAUAUCCUUUUGUGACAUCAUCAAACUGCACCGUCGGUGGUGUAUGCACUGGAUUGGGCAUUCCUCCUCAGUAUAUUGGAGAAGUUUACGGAGUAGUAAAAGUCUACACAACAAGAGUGGGAAUUGGAGCCUUUCCAACUGAACAAAUAAAUGAAAUUGGAGACCUUUUACAGUCACGAGGUCAUGAAUGGGGUGUGACUACAGGCAGGAAAAGACGUUGCGGCUGGCUAGACCUUGUCAUUUUGAGAUAUGCUCAUAUGAUCAAUGGCUUUACUGCUUUGGCAUUAACAAAACUUGAUAUUCUGGAUGUCCUUGAUGAAAUCAAAAUUGGUGUGGCUUACAGGCUGGAUGGGAAAAGAAUUCCAUAUUUUCCAGCUAAUCAGGAAAUAUUACAAAAAGUAGAAGUUGAAUAUGAAACAAUGCCAGGUUGGAAAACUGACACAACUAAUGCCAGAAAAUGGGAGGAACUUCCAUCUAAGGCACAAAAUUACAUUAGAUUUGUAGAAAACCAUGUUGGUGUGUCAGUUAAAUGGGUUGGAGUUGGAAAAUCAAGAGAAUCAAUGAUCCAGCUCUUUUAAGUGGCCCAUAGAAGAGCUGCACUGAGAAAGGGUUCGCCUAAUCUUUUCUGAUCCUAGACGAAGAUGAAGAUGCUUUUAAAAUCAAAAUAACCUUCCUAGACUAUGAUUAGAAAAGAGCAUUUUCUCUUAUUUUAAAGUGUUAAAAUAGCUUGGAAACUACAUAAAAAUAAUUGGAGUGAAUUGGUUGAGGAGAAUAUUAAGAUGUAUAUACUACUAAAGCUCUCCUGUUCGUCUGUUUGUAAUCUUCUAUUGGGCGAAAUGGUGCCUUGUAGGGCAACCAUUUUUUAAUCACUGUACUUUAACUUAAAGAAUGCAUCCAAAAUCCAGAACUCAUUACUCCUAUGGAAUUGAAAUUUGGCAAAACUGUGGCCAUUUCAGCGCCACAAGACUGCCGUGGUCAGUCGAACCUACAUAAUCAUUGUUUCCAAUGCUCCCUGCCAAAUUCCCACAAGGAAAGUCAAUAGGACAUUAGCAGGUAAUCGUUAGUCACUCACACUCCAACUGAAUUUUUACCUGUACAUGAUCAUUAUGUUUCUCUACUGGUAAAGAAAUGUCUCUGGAACAAUAACCCAGUGGGUCACGGGCUAUGUAGUAACUUUUUAAAAGUGUCAAACUCAUAUGGAAUUAUUUUUUGAAACUGCUAUCAGAAACAAUCUACCAUAGUGUUCCCAUUCGUAUGUCAGGAAAUGGUGAGAUAUGCAUAUAUGUUAUUGAAAACAAACUGCCUUAUAGUGCGCUGAAAAGAUAGUAAAACUAAGCAACUCUUUUUAAGUCUGAGAGCCAAAGCAAAAUUAUCUUGGACUCUGCAUUUCUUAUAAAUAAACAUUCUUCAAAAGGAAAGCAAAAGAGGUUAUGUCAUAGAAGGAGGCAAGCCAAGUCAUUUGAUGGCAGUGGUCAGACUGGAGCGGAUACAGCUGUUAGAACCUAAGAUAUAGAACUUCCCUUCAUUCAAUAUUUUCUGGUAGUGCUCCACAUGAAGCCCUCAGAAGUUCUGUACUUUUAGCUCAUUAUUUAACUCCUACCUUUAGGAGCCGAGGUGGCACAGUGGUUAAAUGCAGCACUGCAGGCUACUUCAGCUGACUGCAGUUAUGCAGUUCAA